UUCACAGGUGUGCAAAAUGUGUGUAUGUGUGUUUGCUUUUGCUCUGAGUGUUUGUGAAGUCAGGCCUGAAAGAACAGCACUGCUAACCACUCAGGAGAGAUAAGGAGAAAAAGAGUAAUUUACUGAACAGCAGGAAUCAGUUUUAACCUUUGAACAAGCAUAACUUCACAUGAUGGAAAGAAAGCUGUCAGCAAUAGCUGGACUGCUGCUUCUCUGCUGCACCCUUACUGACCAGACCCAUCAGCAUACGGUACAAAAACCCACAUUAACGUCUCAAGGCCAAGACUGUACAGCCAUCAAAGAUUCCAGUCCUAAUGCUCAAAGUGGAAUUUACAUUAUACAGCCGAAAGGAGUUCAUAAACCUUUCAAGAUGGAAAGAAAGCUGUCAGCAAUAGCUGGACUGCUGCUUCUCUGCUGCACCCUUACUGACCAGACCCAUCAGCAUAAGGUGCAAAAACCCACAUUAACGUCUCAAGGCCAAGACUGUACAGCCAUCAAAGAUUCCAGUCCUAAUGCUCAAAGUGGAAUUUACAUUAUACAGCCGAAAGGAGUUCCAGUACCUUUCAAUGUACUGGUGUACUGUGAGAUGCUGGCCGAUGGGGGCUGGACAGUGUUCCAGAGACGUACAGGGGGGAAAGUAUCCUUCCAAAGAAACUGGGCAGAGUACAAACAUGGCUUUGGAUACCUCGAAAAGGAUCACUGGUUGGGCCUGGCCAAAGUGUGGGCUCUUACCAGGAGCAAUGAUCAGAAGUCCAUCCUCAGAGUAGGCCUGUGGGACUUUGAGGGGGGAUCAGCUUUUGCAGAGUACAGAGAUUUCAGAAUUGGCGAUGAGGCGGCGGCCUACAAACUGAGUGUCGGAACUUAUAAAGGCACUGCAGGUGAUGCUAUACGCGGAGCAUACAGUGGCAUUGACCAGAAUGGCUUUGGAUUCAGCACAAAGGACCGAGACAAUGACGGCUGCUCCCCGUGCAUCUUUGGAGACAUCGCUGAGCGCGAAUGUAGCUCAUCAGAGGGUGGGGGCGGCUGGUGGUUCAGCCGUUGUGGCUCAGCCAACCUCCACGGAGACUGGCACCCAGCGGGGGACAACAUAGGCUGGGCGUCAGGGGUGCACUGGCGCACGUGGAAAGGCCCGGCCCCAUACUCCCUACAAGCCACUCGAAUGAUGGUGAAGUCUGUGUGAGGACACCUCAUCCAGUGUGACACUCAGAGGGUUUAAUCUGAGACACUCAGGCUUCUGGUCCAGUAAGAUUUCUGUGCUUGCUCCAGUAAUUUCAUUGAGUGAAAAUUGUGUUCUUAUUUCUCUUAGUUCUCUCUCUUUAUACGGCGGCAGUCGCAUCACGCACAGCUUUGCAGUAUAUCUAGUUGAGGUGACUGAUGUGAUCAGGCUAUUGAUAUUUUAGAAGAGUGAGUAAACAUAAUCACACACACAUGUCUAUACCCUGUGGAGUGGCCCAACAUACUGUGCAUAAAAUGGGCCGCCACAGACCUGGCCGACCAUUCUGGAUCUUUUUUGUGGGAGUAUAUAUUGAGUGCAUAUUAUGUAGGAAUAAAGUGUAUAUUAAGUAUAAAUAAAGUUUCAUUAAACGUCAA